GUUCAUUCUACGCCUUGCUAUCCUCAUCUAUACUCUUCUUCAUCUCCGUUUACGGCAUUGGGAAGCUACAUCUGUACAUCGGUGAAGAACGUCGAAGCGCGGAGGAAAGACACUGACUCCCGAGCCUUGUAAGAUCGCUGGACCCUCUGAGAAUACGAAAACGCUUGACUAGCUCGUCAAAGCUACCCACGACCAAUUUGGAGCUACCAAUGACAUUACAGGAGCUGCCUGUACAUACAGAGUUUAUCUGGGAGGCAGGUCAAUAUUCGCAUCAUGUGUCAAUCAAAGGCUCAGAAGGUUCGAUUGUUCCCAAGUUUGGUUCACAGCAAUUGACCAAGACGGGUUUCAACUUUUUCACUCGCAGGAUUCGCUGCAGUCCGCAAGUCUGUCCGGUGUGCCUCAAUCCUGAAAACUACGAGGGAGAUUGUAUGCCUGCGGAAAGGGUCGUUUGUACUUCUAAACCAUUUUGUUUGGGUUGUGAGAUCAUUGCUUGGGCUCUAGAACCCUACAAGGGGUGGCUUAAAGAACUCAAAGAGUUAGGCGAAAGAAAAGGAAUUAUGGUGAAUGGACUUCCUUACCUUAAGAGUCACCAUGGCGGCUAUCUUUGGGGUGGCGGUAACCCUCGUACAACCCUUAUAGAUGUUUUAAUCCGGAGUAAACCAUGUCAGCCUACGGAAGGCGUGUCUCCUGAGUUGACAAACUCUCCAUGUCCAUGGAAUUUUCCGCGUAUCGGUCCUGAAAUUACCGGUCAUACAGGCUCUUUGGCUGCUAUUGAGAAGGCGCGGAAUUGGUAUUCUGAGUGCCUCGUGAAUCAUAAACGCUGUCUUCCGAAUUCAGGUUCGCCACUACCAACCAGGAUCAUCCUUAUCGAAGGAAAUACCAAAGCUAGAUUACAUACUUCAAGUGCCGAACAUGCUUCGUAUGCCUGUCUAAGCCAUUGCUGGGGUGGGCAAUCUGUUAUACAGACUACUACCAGAACGUUAGAGCAAUUCACCACUAAUCUUCCCUGGGAGGAGUUGCCCCAGACGUUCCAAGACGCUAUUCAAUUCGCGCAUGGUCUUGGCUUCAAGUACCUAUGGAUUGACUCCCUCUGUAUCAUGCAGGAUUCAAUCGAUGAUUGGCGUCACGAAGGAAGCCGGAUGUCGCAAAUCUACGCAAAUGCAUCCGUGACCUUAUCAUCUACUUGGGCAGCGAAUCCUUCUCAAGGCUGUUUCGCGACAUCUGACGAGCAAUACGUAUCGCGUACAAGGAACUUCGUAAAUGCCGAUGACGAGACAUAUGAGCUUCAUUGUCAUCAACGGCUCCCUACAAUAAAAUCCUCACUCGAUGAAGCACCACUACUUCAGAGAGGCUGGGUUUUCCAGGAACGCAUGCUGUCUAAUAGGAUUGUUCACUUCAUGAGGCAAGAGCUCUGGUGGGAAUGUCGGGAGUCUCUCACCUGCGAAUGUCGUUUGAAGGGUCACAACGAGGAUACUCACAUAUUCAAUAUGGGCCAAAUAGCGAGGAUGAAUGGGUUCUGCUCGUUCGAUGAGAUCGAAGGAAAUUGGCAACACUUGGUACGGAUAUAUACGAAGAAAUCACUCACAUUUCCCAGUGAUAUCUUUCCGGCUUUACAAGGACUGGCGAAGCUGGUUCCAUCGAGUAUGGGUAGAUACCUUGCCGGACACUGGGAGAGUACCUUGGCCCAGAGUCUCUGCUGGCAUGCUAUGGAGGCAGCGCAGACAAAGCCCCAGGAAUGGCGUGCCCCGUCCUGGUCGUGGGCUGCAGCUCAAGGGCAAGUGAUAUGGCCACUUUAUGAGCGUGAUCGUAAGAUUCAGACGUGCGCUAAAAUCCUCGGCGCCAUGACAAGACCCAAAGGAGACGAUCCAAUGGGCGAGAUAUCUUAUGGAGUUAUUUACCUGAAAGGAAGGUAUUUGGUCGGUCAGAUACAAGACACCCGAACGUCUGAUGAACAUCUUCCUAGUAGCAUUACGUUGAAAGGAUCACGACCUUGCACGUCACCGAAGUCAUUCAUAUGCUAUCCUAGUUGGGAUUCCGUCCAUCACGAGGACGGAGCGCAGAUCGUUGCUCUGAAGAUUCUCGAGGUUGCCAAUCUGAGUUCCUGUGGAAGGAAAACUAGUGUGGAACAGUAUUGGUUGAUUCUGAGAGCCAUAAAAGGAGUACAAGGGAAAUACAUGCGUAUCGGUAUAAUGGAAGAGUCAGGCGCUGAGAACAUAGGUUCGCGGCUCAGGAAUCUCAAUGAUUUGUAUGAAGAAGAGUCAGUAGAGAUGGAUUUCAAGAUUGUCUGAUAACACAAACAAGCAAUCGAAAGCUACACUCACUUAUCAUGAAUGUAAGAGAUCGACUGCCU